UAAAAUAGACCUGGUGCUCCUCUGAAGUGUCAUCUCACUAUAAGUAUGAUCGAAUGGCAUUUGUACCAUGAUGUCAUGUGCAGGGUUGAUCUCAAGCGGAAGGAUAAUUGACCUAGAGGAAAGAGGGCGGGCUGCCUAUCAGGAUGAAGUUUGAAUUAACACCUGGUUUCCUAACACUUGCAUGAAAGAUGGGGAGUGUUGAGAUUUGUUGUGUCCUCGUGUUGAUAUUUAACUUGCAACUGGUGAUGGGCUGUGGCUCAGAUGAGUAUGGUUUUCAGGGUCUAUGCUGUCCCAUGUGUCAAGCAGGUGCUCGUGUUUCUAAACACUGUACAUCAGUAUCACCAACUACAUGUGUUCCCUGUGCUCGUGGAGCUUUCACAGACCGUCCAAAUGGUUUAGAAAAGUGUAUGAAGUGUAAAUAUUGCAACCCAGAUCUGGGACUUUAUGCACGUCGGGAAUGCACUGAAACUCAGAAUGCAGUGUGUGACUGCAAAGAAGGCUACGUUUGCUUAGCAAAAACAAAAGAUGGAUGUCACAUGUGUGCAAAAUCUACGCCACAUAUUUUCAACAGAAGUAGAAAUGUCAAAGGUGAUCCUAGAUAUCAUGAAGCAAGACCGACGACAGAGUCCGAAAUUAUCCACAAUGAUGCCAUCAUUAAAUUUUUAAGUCAGGAUGACACAAGGAAUCCACUGAUACUUGGAAAUAAAACUGCAAAGAAGAAACCUGUUCCUAAAUCAGAAAUAGCAGCCACAUUCCGGAAAGAAGAGCCAAUUCUAGAAACAACUACAGGGAAACCAAAAUUGGGGCGUGGGCAGGAUUCUUUACCAAUAACAGAAGUACUGAUGACAUUGAUGCAAACAAUUGAUCCAGCAUUUCCAAAAGAGUCUUUAAAGCUGCAGGAGGCAGGGAACACAGCCAUUGUAGCAUUACAAAACUCUACGAAGACCAGCUUAGCAGGCUUGCAGAAUGUUAUGCAAAUUGGGCUAGCGAGUAUUCGAACUACUAUUCAGUCUGGAAUGGUAGGCCUACAAGGUACAGUGAAAACUGGCAUGGUAGAUAUUCAGAAUGUAUUGCAGACUGGAAUGACUGGCAUUCAAGAAACCUUAAAGUCUGGGGUGGCUGAUGUCAAAGGCAUCAAGAAUGGUCUCACACAGGUUGAGAACACUCUGAAGCAACUACAAACAAAUUCACAAUCUAACUUGGUUCAAAUUACCAAGCAUGUUGGUGCACUGGUCAAUGUUCUGACAAAACUUGCUUCGAACCAGUCAGUGUCCUUCAUCCACCUUAGGGAUAUUACUUGUAAUCUUUCAAAUAAAACAGUGACAAAACCAGAGAUAAAGCAACUCCCAGUAACACCAAAUUAAAGUAAAAUACAAAUAAGGCUCAUGAGACAGACCUUGAAUAGGUUAUCAGCAGGAGUACUGAGCCUCAUUAAGAAUGCAUAACAAAAAAAGUACAAAUAAAUACAUUUCUUUUUGGGGGAACCCCUUUCAUGUUGUAUUUGCUUCCUGUAACAUGUACACAUUUCAAUCUGACUUCUGUAUUUUCAUUUCUUUUCAAUUCUCCAAGAGUUGCUUUUCACAAUUUACUCUUGCAUGUUGCAGUUCAAAUAAAUGCUACCACCAUUUAAUACUGCAUGACUAUCAGUAAA